GUGAAAGUGUCUUCCAAAAUAACGGUAGAGUGUAAUCUAGUUUAGACUAUAAAAAAUGAAUACGAUGAAAAAUUAAGUAAUCACAAGAGAAAUUAAUAAUUGAGGAUUAAUAAUGCCUUCAUGUGGGCAUUCCUUGGUCCAUCAUUGGUGAGAUAAACGACCACCCAUCAAGCUGAAUAAUUCACAAGAAGCGGCAGAAUGUUCUCUGCCGUCGGACACUUCGUCGUCAGGACCCGGAUCACCCGUGGCGACAAUUGCGGAGGUGACAGAGUUGCCACGAGGUGGAAACAUGACUCGCAAAUUCCACGUUAACUACCGCGCCUUGGGAAUGUCCGAGGACAGUUGCUCCACGGCAUCCUCUGUAAAAGCAGCCAGGAAUGUCAAUUUUCCCAAAAGAAAUGCACCAGAGAUCAUUUCACUGGCUAGUGUUGGAUCUCGUCGAGCAUCACGCUUUUUCCAGAGGCCGCGAUCAAUGUCCGCAUGGAGUGAUAUUAGUCGUGGUAGCAUGAGAUUCGAUGAACGGUAAUUAUUUUGAAACAUUAGCAAAUGAAUCAAAAGAAAGGACAUAAUUAUA